CUCAGGCUGGGCUUUUUGCCGAGCAUCACUUACGACUAGUGUCAAAGAGUAAUCAUGUCUGUAUGUUCGAUGGCUUCGCGUCCGUGCUGGUAUAAAGCAGCCGCGUGUCUGUUGGUGGCUAUUUUACUAAUCGCUUGUCUGACGAUCUUUGGUGUUAUUCCAACAAAAAAUGGGGACAUUCCCGCUGGCGAGAAUUGGACGCGUCCGGAAACGACGACACCACAAGGGAGACUUAAGGGCAUAAAUAUGGUCACACACUUUGGUAGAAGAUUCUCGGCCUUCAUUGGAGUCCCGUUUGCCGAGCCACCGGUUGGAGAUCUUAGGUUCAAACAAGCUGUACCCGCAGGUCCUUGGAGAGGGACUCUGGAUGCUAGCCGCAUGCCUAACGCAUGUAUUCAGCACGAGGACAAGCUCAUGGGAGAUGAGGACUGCCUCUAUCUUAAUGUUUAUACGCCGCAGAUUCCUAAGAGCAAAAACUCUACGUUACUGCCGGUAAUGGUCUACAUCUAUGGUGGACAAUUCAGAUUUGGAACGAGCACGCCUGACCGAUGGAGUCCAGAAUUCCUUCUCAAUAAGGACAUAGUCCUUGUAGUGCCGAACUAUCGUUUCGGGAUACUAGGAUUUUUGAGUACCGGUGACGAAGUAUCACCUGGAAAUAAUUUACUAAAAGAUAUAGUCGAAGCUCUGAGAUGGACCCAAAAAAACAUAGAGUAUUUCGGUGGCGAUCCAAAUCGUGUGACUGUCUUUGGUGGAAGUUCAGGCUCCGUUAGCGUUCACAUGUUGAGCGUAUCUCCUUUAACAAAAGGGCUUUUCCACCAAUACAUGACACAUAGUGCAGCAGGAACCUCGCCUCAUGCUCCUGAACCGUUUGCAGUGGUCGCCAGGCGAGCUACUAAGUUGGGCGAAUAUCUUGAUUGUCCAACCAACACGUCGACUGCCCUUGUUAAUUGCCUGAGGACUUUUAAUGGUUCAUACUUGUACGAAACAGAGGUGGUGUUGAAACAAAUGAAUUUAAGCGGCCCUUAUGUUUGGCUUCCUGUUGUCGAACCUGACGUAGAAGGUGCAUUGAUUACGGAUACUCCAGCGAAUAUCAUGGCCAAAGGGGCAAAGCAUGAUUUGCCGUGGGUGGCCCUCGUAACUAAAGAAGAAGGAAUUUUUGCGACUGCAGUGUACUACGAUAGGCCAGACUUGUUCCAGCAAUUUUUAGACAACGUUGACUCGCACUUAAUCGAUUUCUUGAGAUAUGACCGUUGGUCACUUGAUGUAGAUGCCCAAACUGCUGUUCUGAAGUCUCGUUACCUGAACGAUCUGACAGCUGACAGAAAAUUGCUGAUACGUAAUUUAACCGACAUGAUCACCGACGGCCAAUUCGUCUACCCUAUUUACAACGAGAUUCAGCAAUACAUAAACAACCGCGCUUACAAGAGUCCCGUAUACUUUUGCACUUUCGACUACCAGGGCACUUUCAGCUACAGCUAUAAGUUCAGUGACGGUAACACAGAGGAUUGGGGCGCGGCACACGGCGAUGAGCUGCUUUACCUUCUUCCUGGACCGGAGGGAAUGUUUGCGCCACCGGGCUCUGAAUAUAGUGAGACUGACAUGAAAGUGGCCGACGCGAUGGUAGAGCUGUGGACAUCGUUUGCUAUCAAUGGGAUUCCGACUACUGCAGCUCUCAAUGACAACGCAAUUUGGGAACCAUUCUCAUCAGACGAAAAAUAUCUGCAGAUCGGUAAUGAACUCGAUCCCAGAAUUCAGGUUAAACGUGGUUUCCACGAAGAGCGAAUGCAGUUUUGGAAACAAUUCUAUGCUGCUAGGAAGAGGAUUUAACU